AUGGAAUGUGGUGCGUGUAGACACAUUAUCGAAGAUGGCGGCCUCAUUAAAUGCGCUGGUUGUGACAAUACGUUUCAUUACGAGUGUUGCAACAUAGAGAAGCAAGUGUAUUUCGACGAAUACGUGGAAAAAAAGCAGAAGUGGUAUUGCCCAUCCUGUACUAAUAUAACUCGGCGCAGAAAUGAUAGUACACCAGUUGGUAAGCGGGACAUACGUUCCCUCCAAGCAAGUCAGGCAGAUAUUUCUAAUAUGUCCUGUGAUGAAAAGCUGCAACGAUCAUCACGCUUGAAAAAAUCUAGUAACAGUGCAUCUCAACACGCGUUGCGACAAAAAAACUCGGAAUCCGUUACCAUAGAACAAAUCGAAGCUCUACUCGAUCGUAAACUAAGUACUUUCAAGAUAGAUGUAGUGCAAGAAGUACAUACAAUGGUGACGAAAGAAUUUAACCAUACCAUCAAUAAGUUAGAAUCGGAUUUCACAGUAGCCACCGAUUUUCUUCAGAAAGGGCAGGAUGACCUUCUAAAGGAACUUGAGGUGGCUAAUAAUAAAAUUAAAAUAAUGAUUUCUUAA